UCGCAAUGAAUUGUGGGAUACAAAAUUCCGUAGGAAGAAAACGCAAGACUGCUUUAAAAUCAAUGGAACCGAUGGUUUACAAUUGAACUGUCAAAAGCUUUUCUCCAUAAAGACUUGCAUUGGAUUUUUGACGCAUAUCUUUCAUAAUGGAUGCAAGAAUAGUCAAGAAAACCCAGGACACUUUGGGGAAAAUAAUCAAGAAGCCACCACUCACUGAAAAAUUGUUAAAUAAACCACCGUUCCGAUUUUUACAUGAUAUAGUGACUUCGGUUAUUAAAACUACAGGGUUUAUGAAUGGACUUUUCAAAGAAGAAGAGCUAAAUUCAGAAAAUGUAAAGGAUAAAGACAGUAAAAUUGCUUUCCUACAGAAGGCUAUAGACUUUACAUCAAUGGUUGCAGGGAAGUCUUUAUCUGUGAAGCCAGCCAAGAUUGUAGCAGGUCAUGAACCUGAGAAAACAAAUGAGUUUCUACAGGCUUUAGCUGCUGCCAUAAAUAAAGGGGUUGACAAUGAUGAGUAUGUGGCCAAGAUGAAUAAAGGAGGAGGUGAACCAAAGGAGGAAAAGAGGGAUAAGUCAAAGGAGGGCAGCCGGGAAGAUCGCAAAAAGAGGGACUCAGAGGAUAAAAAAGACAGAGAUAAAAGUGCAAGUAGGGAAAAAAGUAGGGAACGACACAGAGACAAAGAAGAAAGACAUAAAGACAGAGAAGAUCGCCAUAGAGAUGAUGAGGAUCGUCAUAGAGACAAGAAGGAUCGCCAUAGAGACAAAGAGGGUCGCCACAGGGACAAAGAGGAACGUGAUGGGGAAAAGGAAGAGAGACACAAAGACCGGGAGGAGAGACACAGGGAACGAAAAGAAAGGAGGAAGGCCCAGAUUGAAUCUUUGGAGACUGUAGGAGCUGCCAGGCUGGAUUCUGAUAACAGCACUGCCUCAGACAUAGAUCAGUUAGAUGGACUGUCUCAGAACGAGGCUACAGAGCUAGACAUAGAGUCCCCACCACUGGAUACAAGUCAUAUGUCAAAACACAACAGACCAGGGGCUGCACGGCCUAGAGCUUCAAGACAAAGAGAGAUGAAGGUGGCAGCUGAGAGUUAUCCUCCAAAGGAGGAAAUACAGGUAGCUGUCUUUGAUGGUGAACAGAGUACACAAUCAAGUAGUGAGCACUCAGUCACUGGAGAAGUAAAAACUGAGAGGAAUAGAAUGACAGGAACUAAGAGUCGAAUGGCAGUUCGUCAACGGAGUGACAAACUUGAUCCUCAUCAAGGUGGAACAAAGAGUAGAGCAGCAAGGAGACCUGCUGAAAUAGUAAAUGAUGAUCCACAGGGUCAUGUUGGGUCAAAGAUCAAAGGUCAAAGAACAGGAAUAAUGGUACAGGUGGAGAAAAAUGCAAGAUUGGACCCAGCCCAGACGAGAGUCAAGGAUGAAGUUGGGGGGUCAUUAGAGCAGGGAAGACAAACAGGAGAACAGUAUCACAAAAAACCCAAGGAGAGUGCAGGAGUCCAAUUUACACAGAGCACAAAGGAACCAGAACAAGAGCAGAGCCCAGUCAUCGAGAAGAGUCCAAAAGAAGGAAAACAUACAGGCAAAGUUGUUACCAAAGAGGGUUUAUUGAGAGACAGAAAGAGUGGUAAAAGAGGGAGUCCUGAACAGGCGUCGCCUAAAUUCAUCCCCAGGAAACAAUCUAGAAUAGCAUUUGAUCAGGGAUAUAUGGAAAGAAAAAUUAGGGAAAAGAAAAGGCAAGGUUCUAUGUAUAGCAUUCAGAGAGACUGGAAAAGGGCUGAGAGAGCAAUGCAUAGCCGUGAGAUUGAUAGACAGAGAGGGACUUCUAGAAAAGAGUCAGAUAAAGAGACAGAUCACCAAGAUGAAGAAAGUAAAGAGAAUGACCCUUCACAAAUGAAUGGAGAGAAAGAGGAGAGUCCAACCAAGUUAGCCCGCCCUUCCUCUGCCAAAGGUUCUAGAAGGCGACGUGAAGGACGCCGACACUCGAGUGAUGAAGAAGAUGAACCCCCAAAGACAAUGCAGGCCUCAGAAGGUGGAGAAGAAAAUUUACCUCCCCAAGUGUCCGCCUCGAGAUCCCUGGCUCGACCAAGUAGUGCCCGCCCUGCUCCACCCAGAAGGAAACAAGAAGUCAUAGAGAAUGAACCAGCCAUGAGACUGGGCAGUGGUAAGCCGAGUAAUGUGAUCGUGGACGGAGGUCAGGACUCAGAUGAGGAUGAGGAUGAAACGUUUAUGGUGGAGGAGACGGCAGCUCCUCAGGAGCCAGAACAGGCCCCGCCCCCUCAACAGGACGAGGAUGAAGAGGAGGACCAUGGAGGACUGGUCAAGAAAAUGUUAGAAACCAAGAAAGAACUGGAGUCAGGGAGUCAAGUCAAAAAAACAGAAAUCGAAAGACCAAAGAUCACUGAUGCCCAGCGGAUGAAACAGCGACAACAGGUUCAAAAGGAAAUUGAUAAGUUAAGAGUCAGUAUCCAGACCCUGACUCGCAGUGCGAACCCCCUGGGUAAAGUGAUGGAUUACGUACAGGAAGAUUUAGACUCCAUGCAAAAGGAGCUACAGAGAUGGAAACAAGAGAACAAGGAACACUCAAUGGAGCUGAAGAGAGAGAGGAGUAUCACAGAUAAAGCUAUAGAGCCUCUGAGGGCCCAGCUUACAGAAGUAGACCAGGCCAUUAAAGACCAGCUGGAUCUCAUCGCUGCUGUAAAAUCCAACAUCAUCCGUAAUGACCAGAAAAUCGACAAAAUGCUCCGGAGUAUAGCCAAGUCUUGAUCUACCCCAGAUCUGUUACAGUUAUAGAAAUUUAAGCAUUGUUUGGCAAUUGUAAACUCAAACUGUGCUAGAAGGACCAAGAUUUAUGUAUGAGUGUUAUAAUGCAUGUGUGUGCGAGUGUGAUAUGCGAGGAGCAUGCAAGGACAGUACUGUUAUAAGUGAGGUAGGGCAUUGAUAUUUCAGGGUUCAUGGAUGAAACAGGUUAGUGAUGGUUUAAUAUUUAGAAUGCUUUUGUCACUGCCUGGUCAGCCUGAAUAUUUGUGUAAAUUUAUAAGGAUGAGAAAAUGUUAUUUAUGUGUAAGAGAGUUUGGUAUGCACCUGUCAGAUCUUUAAACUGUUAAAAUAAAUUAAGAAUUCCAUUUUUGAAAUUUAUAUUUUUCUCCUCAUGUAUUUUUCCUUUUACAAUUCCUUUGUCAUUCAUCAUGCAUUUUCCUAAGCACUGUUUUAAUGGCAGUAUAAAAAGAUCUGAUUAAUUCAGUUAUAGUUCUGUUGUAGUUUUAUUAUAACAUAUAAUCCCUAUUUACCGCCCCAGGCACAUAGAAAACUGUAAAAAGGGGGCGGAUUAUAAUUUUGGUACUCUAUUUAUGAUAUUUAAUGUCAUAUUUAACUUCAAAAAAUCUUUUGAAAAAAAAAUAAAUACAAGGAACUACUAAAAUAAUGUCUAACUUUACUUAAAGUGAAGAUAAUCCACCCAAAUUAUGCUAAUUUAUUCAUUUCCCACUGAAAAAAUGGAUAAUAGACAAGUUUAAUUUUCACUUUCUUCAAUAUUUUGAUAUGAUUCUCCUUGAUUUUAAUCACUGUACAGGGGGUCCUUAUUACCUGACAAUUGAAAAAGACCUAAGGGGGCGCUUAUAGGGGCAGGGGCAGUUAAUAGGGAUUAUACGGUAAGACAUUGCGAUGUUUUUAUUUUCAAUCAGAGUAAAUUGGCAUUUUACAUUGAUAACUAUUUGUCCCCAAUAAAUAGUUAAUAGACAAUACAUAUUGCCUGGUCCAAUAAAUAUGUCACCCCCCAAAAAAACUAUGCAUGAAAUAUACGGUAACUACAGUUUGUGUGCUAUUAGGUAUCUCAGUGGGUAGACAUUAUAUUUUCCUAUGAUCUGAUUUCAUUAUGUGUUUUACUAAUUUUCUUCCUCACAGAUGUGCUAGAUGCUGUGAUUAGUCAAGAUAUUACGUAUAACAGUGGGUAAACAACAGACAUAUCAUGCUAUCUGUCUUAUUCUGUGUUGGUAUAUGUUUUUCAGCAGCAUUAUGACACUGUUUUAUCUUAAAUACUGUUGAGAUACUAUUGGUUGCUGCAUUGUGCAUUUUUUGACAUUGUGUAAAAGUGUGUAAUUUUUUUCCAUAGAUGCAUUAAGUGCAAGUUUCGUUUCAAGAUUUUUUUUUAGAAUAAAUCAUUUCCUUUGGUUAUUUGUCUUAUUUAUGGUGUUUCUAUUUACUUUAGUGGGGUUUAAGACAGCAAUGGAUUAAUAAAUCUAUCCCUAGUUUUAUGCACAGCUAUUACAGACACAAAGCCAUUCUAUGCCAUGCUCUUCAUUCUUAAUCAGUAUCUAUGUAUUUACCAAUAGAUUUUGCUUAUUUAUACCAGGAUUUUAAAAUUAUUUCUUUCAAUUUAUUAAAGUAAGUGUUUUGAUUUUUUUUUUAUCUUUACAUUUAGUAGAAAGGUUAGAAUUUUGUCUUGUCACAACUUAAUGUAUACUGACAUGUUGAUCAGUUGUGCUACAUGUAUAAUAAGAUAAUUAUUACAUUGUUAGAUAUUUCAAAGAUGUUGGCGUUUAUGAAACAUUUCCGUCCAUUUUUUAAAGACUUGUUUUGGUCAUGAAAUUGAAUAAAAUGUUUAAGACAA